GAUAUAGGUAAUAAAAAUAUUGAGAUAAGUCGAUAUCGGUCGGCGUCGCCGUGCCGAGUCGUUUUAUCUUCAGUUUACCGUCAACUUUAGUGUAGACUCAUUGUGGUGUUUUUUCAACUGUCAAAUAGUAAAUCCAAACCGUCUUUUGAUUAAAUAUAACUGAUGUGGUUAAAGUAAAAAAAAUAUAUAAAAAUAAAAAGGCAUUGUGUGUACGAAUCGUUAAAAUACAAUUUAAAAUUUUCCUUUAUUUUAACUAAAUAUUCUCACAAAGGUGCCUCGACAUGGUCCUUGUCGAACCGGAUUUAUUAUAUAAAUAUUAAAUACACGUAAGAAGUGUUAAAAGUAUUAAUGGUCAAUCUGAAAAUAUAAAGCAUCCGAUUUUGAUUUCGUGUCACCAACUCAAAUGCCAGAAAUUCAACUACUCAAGGUAAGAGAACCAAAUUUCCUUAAAUUUAGAUACGUAAUUCCCUGUUGUAGUUUCUUGCGCUAACACGGUGUGACAAAAAUUUAAUUGGUACAAAGUUCAAGUUUCACUGAAAGAUUAAGAGUGUAUAGGCUCUACUAUAAAGGUCAAACAUUGUCAACAGGUUUGUGACAAUCUUUGUACGACCAUAUCAAUAAAUUAUCGUUAUACAGUUAAUAGAUUGAUACCAAUAAUAGGUAUUUAAUAAUUCAAUGAGCCCUAAUAUCAUGAACGAUAUAAACGCGUUAUCAUUCCGACGCGGGACAAUAAAAGGGCAAUUAACAAAGUUCUCAAAUGCCGUCAACAAUUUUUCUAAAGACGAUGACUUAAUUCAAUUAAUGGUUAAAAAAGAAAAAAUUGAAGAAGGCUGGACAGAAUUUCAAAAUAUACAGUCCACUAUUGAACAAAAGUCCAUUAACCCAGAAAAUGAAGAAUUGUACCGGGACGAAUUUGAAAAUUUAUACUACACAGCCGUAGCUGGUUAUAUAAAACUAGUAGAAAAAUACAAAAAGGUCGAAGGGCCGAGCUCGGUUCAGGUCUCAAAUGAGAUCGAAAACAAUGCAGGUCAAAGCGUUUCGAGUGCGAGAUCUAGUGUGAGCAAUCAAGCCUCCAUUGUGAAGUUGGCAGCUUUAAACGUACCAAAUUUUAGUGGCGAUUACAAACAAUGGUCGACAUUUAAUGACAUGUUUACUGCACUAAUCCAUUCAAACGAAGCACUCACAGAUAUACAAAAAUUUUUCUAUUUGAAAUCGGCGUUAUCUGGCGAUGCCGAAAAGGUUAUUCAAUCGUACGAAACCUCGGCAAAAAAUUAUAUAGUAGCGUGGAAUUGCUUAAACGAACGGUUUAAUAAUAAAAAAAUAAUCGUCCAAACGCACACUAAAGCAAUUUUCGAUUUGGAACCCGUCACCAAAGAAAAAUCAUCAAAAUUACGACAAUUUAUGGACUUAUUGUCGGGACAUAUGACAGCACUCAAAUCACUAGGUUACGACCCAAAAAAUUGGGGACCAAUGCUGUUACAUAUAAUUUCGACAAAAUUAGAUGGUGCUACAUUAAAAGAAUGGGAAACACAAGCGCCAAAAAAGGAAGUGCCCGAAGUUGACGAUCUGUUAACCUUUUUACAAAACAGAUUUCAAAUACUGGAAGCCGUAGAAGGUGCACAAAAUAUAAAUUUAGCAGACACACAAAAUAAGCAGAAAUACAACAAAGUCGAAAAAGCAAAAAAAACUAUAUCCCAUACUAGCACCAACAAAUUUAAAUGUUAUUUUUGUAAUGAAGGUCAUCCGAUCUAUCGCUGUACGAAAUUUCUCGCGUUGUCAGUAAACGAUAGACUGCAACAGGUAAAUAAAUUGGACAUAUGCAAAAAUUGUUUGUCUCGACACGCAGACAACAAAUGUAAAUUUAAAGGAUGCAAAAAAUGUGGUAAGUUACAUAAUAACUUACUGCACGAGCAAAAUGACAUAACGCCCGUACCGCCGUCAUGCACCGUGACUACGCACGCGGCUCCGUCGGCGGACGUCUACGUAUUGUUAUCUACCGCAAUAAUACGAAUAUACGAUAAGUUUAAUAAACCUGUAUUAGCAAGAGCGUUGUUGGACUCCGGAUCGCAAUCAAAUUUUAUAACAAAAGAGUUAUCAAACAAACUCGGGCUAGCACAUAAAAGCAUUAAUUGCGAAAUAACCGGGGUAAACAAAUCAAAAAGUUAUUCCACGCACUCUGUACUAACAAAAAUACAGUCGAGGUCAGCCGAAAAUCAGUAUAUGUUAAAUUUUCUAACUGUACCAAAAAUUACAACGUUUCUACCAACCGAAAAAAUAAACACGUCAAACUGGGACAUACCACAACACAUUCAAUUUGCCGACCCGUCGUACGCUCAGCCAGGGAAGAUAGAUAUUUUGUUAGGUGCCGAAAUAUUCUAUGAUGUUUUACGCACAGGUCAGUAUAAACCUAUUAUAAAUGGUCCCAUGUUUCAAGAGACAGCAUUUGGUUGGAUAGUAGCCGGUCCCGCUAAGAGCGAAAAUAAUUGCACAGUGCAUUCUUUCUUUCUAAACGUGACGCCGGCCAGGCCGAGCUGUUUUGACCUGAACGAUAAAAUUACCAAGUUUUGGGAAUUAGAAGAAGUACCGAAAGAAAUAGUUUAUAGCUCCGAAGAAAAAAUGUGUGUAGACCAUUUUAACAAAUCAGUAAAAAGAAAUGGUGAAGGUAGAUUUGUUGUUCGAUUACCGUUACGCGAAAAUAUAAAUACCUUAGGUGCAUCGCGUUCAAUAGCUUUAAAACGUUUUUUAUCUUUAGAAAAUAGGUUUCGAUCGAAUCCCAAAUUAAAACAAAAAUACGUCGAGUUUAUGGAAGAAUACGCGAACCUCGGUCAUAUGGAAAAGGUAAACCCAGGUGAAAAAGAAGAAAAGUCGUAUUAUAUACCUCAUCACGCGGUUUUACGCGAUAGUAGCGCUACCACCAAACUACGCGUCGUAUUUGACGCGUCGUGUGCAACCGAUUCCGGAAAAAGUUUAAAUGAUUUGCUACUAAAGGGGCCAAACAUUCAAGAUGAAUUAAUAUGCAUUAUUGCACGUUUCCGAUCAUAUAAAUACGUCAUGUCGUCAGACAUAGAAAAAAUGUAUCGCCAAAUUUGGGUGUCGAACACCGAUGCAAAUCUUCAACGAAUCCUAUGGCGCUCAAAACCGGACGAGCCGAUCACCGAAUUCAAAUUAAAAACAAUUACAUACGGAACAACGCCAGCUUCCUAUUUAGCUACGGGAUGUUUAAUGAAAUUGGCAGAAGAAAUGCAAGAGUUAUUUCCGGUUGCUCAUAAAGCAAUCACUAAUGACUUCUACAUGGACGAUUAUCUGGGCGGCGCUAACGAUAUAACGGCCGCCGAAAAAUUGCGCGACGACGUUAUCAAUAUUUUAAACACCGCCGGUUUCAAAUUACGUAAAUGGAUUGCUAAUGAUCAUCGAUUAUUAGAAAAUAUAUCAAACGAGGACAAUGACCCACUGCGCGUUCUAAAUUUAGACGAUAGCACUAUAAAAACAUUAGGUCUGUUUUGGAAUCCGUCUGACGACGUUUAUCAAUAUAAAGUAGACGAUAAUUGCAAAAACAAUACAGAACGAAUUACAAAACGUAUAGUGUUAUCAACGAUAGCGACUAUAUUCGACCCACUUGGUCUCGUCGGACCCGUUGUCGUCGUCGCCAAAAUAUUUAUGCAAAAAUUAUGGUUAGCACGUAUAAAUUGGGAUGAUCUUGUAAGUACAGAACUAAACGAAGAAUGGCAAAACUAUCAACAAACGUUGCCAGAACUUGAAGAAAUCCACAUUCCAAGAUGGAUAAUUGGUUGUUCUAACGUCUUAGUCACACAAAUACACGGUUUUGCUGACGCGUCAACAAGAGCAUUCGGCGCGUGUUUAUACACGCGGACUACAGACGAAUUGGGAAAUCACUAUUCCAGGCUUAUAGUCGCAAAGUCAAAGGUAGCUCCAUUAAAAGUAGUCUCUUUAGCACGUUUGGAAUUAUGCGCAGCCGUUCUGUUAGCUCGACUAGCUGAUAAAAUAAUACCGCGAUUAAAUAUUACGAUACACGAAAAACGCUUUUGGUCUGAUUCAACCAUAGUGCUAGCAUGGAUAAAUUCGCCUUCAACACGUUGGAAAACAUUUGUAGCACAUCGAGUCGGUGAAAUUCAAACGUUAACAGCUGCAGCAGAGUGGGGAUACGUCAAAUCAAGCGACAAUCCGGCAGAUAUAAUUUCACGCGGCUGCAGCCCAAAGCUAUUAAAAGACAAUACUUUGUGGUGGGAAGGUCCAGUUUGGUUUAAAUCAAAUGAAAAUGAAUGGCCUAAAUCCUCGAUCGACGAAUUAUCGCUGAACACCGAACUUCCGGAGAGAAAGCGUAAACCGGUAGCACUCCACUCGUCCACAAAGGAAGAAUUUUAUUUAUUAAAAAAGUAUUCGAACCUGAGCAAAUUAUUUCGAGUAACAGCGUAUUGUAAGCGUUGGUUCGAACGCGCAAGAAAUAAAAAAGUUAAUUUCACCGACAUCAAACUCGACGUCACCGAAAUAGCUGCUGCACGAUUAACAAUAAUAAAAUUAGUUCAACAACAUUAUUUUUUCGAAGAGAUAAAACUCAUAAAAUCCAAAAUGUAUAUCAAAACAACGAAAAUUGCAUUACUGCGCCCUUUUUUAGAUGAACAAGAUGUAUUACGCGUUGGCGGUCGCAUUAAUAAAUCAACAACUAUACAUUUCGAUCAGCGAAACCCGAUAUUAUUACCAGCUAAAUCAGAAUUUACAGUAGCAUUAUUUCGUAACGAACACGAACGUCUAUUACAUGCUGGCCCGCAAGCGCUCUUAUCGGCAAUACGAGAAAAAUUCUGGCCGUUAAAUGGUCGUAAUAUAGCGAGGCGUACGGUGCACCAAUGUGUUAUUUGUUUUCGUUCAAAACCAGUUACGUACGAGCCGAUCAUGGGAGAUUUACCACGCGAUCGUAUUGAACCGGAACGCGCGUUCAAAAUAUGCGGCGUUGAUUUCGCCGGGCCAAUUAUGAUUAAAACCAGUUUAAGGCGUAACGCACAAAUGACAAAGGCAUAUAUUUGCGUAUUUGUCUGUUUUGUGACCAAAGCUAUACACGUCGAGUUGGUCGGCGAUCUAACUACGAACGCUUUUUUGUCCGCUUUACGAAGAUUCUGGUCGCGGCGAGGAAUAUGUAAUACAAUUUAUUCUGACAACGGAACCAACUUUGUUGGAGCAAACCGACAACUAAAAGAACUACGUGAUUUAUUUUUAUCAAAGCAGCACAUGGAACUUGUGCACAAAACUGUCACGGAAGUGGGAGUAAAAUGGCAAUUUAUUCCCCCCAGAGCACCACAUUUCGGCGGGCUCUGGGAAGCCGCCGUAAAAUCGGUUAAGUAUCAUUUAAUAAGACAUUUGGGAAAUGCUUUUUUUACUUACGAAGAAUUGAAUACCGUGUUAGUUCGCAUAGAGGCUUGCCUAAACUCACGCCCUUUGACUCCCACGUCCUCUGAUCCUAGCGAUUUAAAUGUAUUGACACCCGGUCAUUUUUUAAUCGGUGGUUCUCUUACCGACCUACCGGAACCAGAUCUUUUAAACAUUACGCCAAACCUUCUCCGACGUUGGCAACGAACUAUUCAGGUGACUCAGCAAAUAUGGUCGAGGUGGAGCACUGAAUAUUUAAGUCAACUCCAAGGUCGCUCAAAAUGGGGUAAGUCAAAAGGUCCGCCGCUGAAACCAGACACAUUGGUCCUGAUUAAAGAAGACAAUCUACCACCUCUACAGUGGGCAAUUGGUCGAGUCACAGAAGUUUACCCUGGAAAGGAUGGGGUGAUCCGAGUAGCGUUGAUCCGAACCAACAAGGGAGAAGUCAAGCGUGCCGCUCGUUCUUUAUGUCCGUUACCGAUAAAGGACGACAAUUAAUAUAUAUAUAUAAGUACUAAUUAGUAAUAAUUUAAUAAAAUUUAUUUCUAUUGUUAUUUU